CCAGACUGACUUGCAGAUCUUCAUCUCUCAUAUUCAACAUUGUUUCAUUGUCAUUAUUUAUCAGCAAACACACAUUAUACGAAAGGAGAAAAAAACGUCGGUUUUUGGUAACAUGGAUGUUGACUCGCCGGUUUCCCAGAUAGGCAGAUUGUUUUUUCCUCUCUCUGAACAAGCAGGCAGCUAAUUGUGAGUGCAAGUGUGCAAACAGAGACUUGUACUUUGGAGCUAUGGCCCAAAUUGUUUCUGUUGGAUUUACACUAAAUAUUAGGAUGGAUCGAGUUUUUUUUUUGUGGCUGCUUUUGGACUUUCGCCUUGGCUCUGGAGCUCCGAGCCCAGUAUUUCUCUCCAAGAAGACAGCUGACGUUGUCCUCAGGAGACACAAACGUUUCAAUAAUGCGGUGUUUGAGGAGUUUCUGCAGGGAAACUUGGAAAGAGAAUGUUUAGAAGAAAAAUGUAACCUGGAAGAGGCCAGGGAGAUAUUUGAGAAUGAUCAAAAGACUAUGGAGUUCUGGUCAGGAUAUGUAGAUGCCAAUCAGUGCACCUCAAGUCCUUGUCUGAACCAGGGGUCGUGCAAAGACCACCUCGGCCACUACACCUGCACAUGUGUGUCUGGCUUCACAGGCAAAAACUGUGAGAUUGUCGUAGUAAAAAGAUGUGAUGUAAACAAUGGAGACUGUAUGCACUUCUGUGGCACGUUGGGAAGUUUUGGGGUGAAAUGCUUCUGCGCGACAGGAUAUAAGUUGAUGCCAGAUGGGGUCAGCUGUGAAGCAACAGUUGACUUCCCCUGUGGGAGAACUCCACCAAAUGCUGUGAGCCCAUUCAAAAGAUCGUUCAACAUCCAUGGGCAUUUAAACCACCUGAACACCACGUCAUUAACCAAUAUGACGUCUACUAGAUCCUCACCUACAGCAGAGCCAGUUUUGGCAACAGAUGACUAUGAUGGCUUUGGUCAGAAUCAGUCUCUAAGUGACCCGCCCUUGUUGGAAUCCAAUCACUCUGAAAUCCUCUCUGAAGAGUCACCAAGACCUUUCAAACGUAUAGUUGGUGGGAAGGCAGUCGCUGCAGGAGAGAUCCCAUGGCAGGUUGGUCUGAUAGCAUAUCCCAGUGGUGUGUUAUUUUGUGGGGGCUCCAUCCUCUCAGAGCGCUGGGUUAUCACUGCUGCUCAUUGUCUGAAGGAGGCACAAGGCUCCUUCUUGGUCAGAGUGGGGGAGCAUAACACUGAUAUCAAGGAGGGCAGAGAGCAGGACUAUGAGGUGUUGGAGGAACGAAUACACCCACGUUACAACGCAACUUUAAACUUGUACAACCACGACAUUGCCCUGGUGCAUCUCAAAACCCCCAUCAGCUUCUCAGCAACAGUCCGACCAAUCUGCAUUGGACCGAUGGCUUUCAUCGAGGCCUUGCUGCAGCAAUCUUCCUCGGCUACAGUGAGCGGCUGGGGCCGCACACGCUUUCUCGGACCCGCUUCUAACAUCCUGCAGAAGAUUGAGGUCCCCUUUAUUGAUCAGACACAGUGUAAGAAAAGUAGCAAUGAAAGGAUCACUCCUGUCAUGUUUUGUGCCGGAUACUAUGAUGAGUACAGAGAUGCCUGCCAGGGCGACAGCGGAGGCCCUCACACAAACAGCUUUCAUGGCACUUGGUUCCUGACGGGGAUUGUGAGUUGGGGGGAGGAAUGUGCCAAAGAAGGGAAGUACGGCGUGUACACCCGGGUGUCUGUUUAUUAUAGCUGGAUAAAGCAUAUUAUGAGUGUAACUAAACGCAGACUGGCUUUCGAUGUGGAAUACACAGAUUCAUGAUUGUGUACAUGUGCAAGCAUGUAUGGUGAUAUAGAGUGAAGACCACGAUGUUGACACCUCUGAAAAACGAUGUGCAAAUCACCUUAAAAUAAAUUAAUCUUUCGUUGAAGCAGCAUAAUCUCCAACCUUAGAUUUCAGAACACUUAUUGAGUAAAUAAAAAACCCAUUUUUAAUAAAAUUAUUUUAACAAAA